UUAUGAUUUAAUUUGAUGUAUUAAAAACUUUGGACAACUUUGUCAGUAAAUAAUAAUAACUGCUAAGCAAAAUGCAAAUAACAAAUACAAUGAAAUGGAGAUUAACGACAUUCAAGCAAAUUGUCAUCAUUUGCUUACAUCUCAUAUUAGUCAAUUGUCAGCUGCAGUCACAGCAAUAUUUCCGGACUCGACCGCAACCGACAGCCGAGGUUAUAGAGGGCGGGACCCUUACAUUACAGUGCGGUAUUGGAAACCAAAGAGGAUCAGUCCAGUGGGCCAAAGAUGGCUUUGUAUUAGGUUUCGAUAGAAGUAUUCCGGGAUAUGAAAGGUAUUCGAUGACAGGCGACGCUAAUAUAGGAGUACAUAAUUUACGUAUUGUUAGAGCAAAAAAUGAGGAUCAGGGAGAGUACCAGUGCCAGGUCGGGCCCGGACCGGGUGGUAAUCAACCGAUAAGAGCCACAACUAAACUGACAGUUUUGAUCCCGCCCAGUUCUAUUGAGAUAACUGGCCACACAAACCAAACACAAGUGGAGGUCAAAGAGGGUCAGUCCAUGGAUUUAGAGUGUGUUGUUACUGGAGGCAAACCGUCCGCACAAAUCAAAUGGUUUCGUAAGAAUAUUGAAUUGAGAACAGACAACGUGACUGUCCGGACAGCGUCGGUUGAUAAUGAAUUGAUGGUCUCUGGCCAUCAACCAACCGAAGUGUCUGUUUCUGUAUCGACAAUAACAGUGAGACCACACGCUGAAGAUAAUGGUGUGAUGUAUACGUGCGAAGCUAUUCACACGGCCUUAUUAGCGCCUAUGAGACAUUCGCUCACAUUAUCUGUAUUAUAUCCGCCCGGUUCACCAGAGAUAACUGGUUACAUAGAGGGUGAGACCGUUAGAAUGGGUGAUACAUUGACUUUGGUGUGCAAAUCAAUUGGAGGCAAUCCAUUGGCACAAUUGGUUUGGUAUAAGAAUGAUGAAGAAGUAGACUUCUCGUUCACGACGACAGCUAAUAGACAAUCAGCUAAUUCUCAUACAUUUGUUGUCGACGCGUCUGACAAUAAUGCUGUCUACCGGUGUGUCGCCUCAUCGUCCAUCACACAGACACCAAUGGUGGCAGAAGUCAAACUUCAGGUCCACUUUGCACCAGCAAAGGUAUACAUCAAUGGCACCAAAGAGGCUAAAUCUGGCGAUACUGUAACGAUGACCUGUCAUACGGAGCGAAGUAACCCUCCAUCAGAACUUAGUUGGGUUGUCGAUGGAAGACCUGUGACGGCCACUAACAGUAUUGUUGCCGAUCCGUUAGGAGGUUGGGUUAGUUCAGCCAAUGUUACGGUAGUGGUCACUCCACAGGACAGAAAUAUGAAAAUGUUGUCCUGUUAUGCUAUAAAUCAAGCACUGGGAGAAACAAUUGUUGAAACAGCGGUACUAAGUAUUUUAUAUCCUCCCGAUCCGCCCAACAUAUUUGGUUACACUGAAGGGACAUCAAUACGUGCCGGUUCUCUGCAACGGUUGACUUGUGUGUGCAAUGGAGGCAAUCCUUUGUGUAAUCUCAAGUGGUUUAAGGGAGAGACAGAAAUAAUAUCGGGAACUACCGUUAGUACUAAUGGUAAUGUUGUCUCCAAUGAAAUUGCUAUAAUUACAAAAGAUAGCGAUAAUGGAGCUCAAUAUCGGUGUGAAGCCAGCAAUUCAGCUACAAUUGAACCGUUGAUAGCAAUAAUACAGCUAACUGUUCACUUCCCACCUUCCGGUGUGUUCAUUAAAAUGAGUCCAAAACAACCCAAAGCUGGAACUCAUGUAGAGUUGGUUUGCGAAACGGGUAGUUCUAAUCCAGAAUCAGUGGUCACGUGGUGGAGGGAUGGCUUCCUUUUGAAUGGACAUCAGGACGGUAUCAUAGAUGGACUGUAUGGAGGAAAGACCACCAGAAAUAUAUUACGACUCAAUGUCAGCAGUGAUGACGACGGAACUGUACUCACAUGUCAGGCAACAAACCGUGUGCUCCAGCAGUCAGUCCACGACGCGACCACUCUUAGCAUUCAAUAUUCACCUGAAUUUCUCAACUCUCCUUUAACUCAAUUUGAUAUAAUUGAAGGCCAGCCGUCUGUUAUUAAUUUGACGGCAAAAGGCAAUCCCUCACAAAUUGAGUACAAAUGGUCGCGUCAGACGGAGACCAUUACUGCGGCCACUGAAACAACUACCGGUUCGCCUAUCGAUUCUCCGCGUAUACAGAGUAGUGGACCCAUACUUAACAUCAGUGAAGCCAAAAGAGGCGAUUCAGGUGUUUAUAAACUGUACGCUCAAAAUGAGUUGGGAUUGAGUGAGACGGCCAUCAAAAUCAAUGUUCAAUACUCAGCACAGAUACUUAAAGUAAGCGAAAUGGUUAUGAUUGACGAGUGGGCCAAUGCAUACUUGGAGUGCAACGUUGACGCCAAUCCCAGCACCGAUACAACUAUCACUUGGCGCCGACGGUUCCGCAAUGAAUCUGAUGCUAUCGUCACUCAAGAAAUUGAUUCCUCCAGAAUGAGAGAAACAAUCGAAACCAUUGACACCGUUGGCAUCAGUGGUUCGGGCUAUACUUUAAAGGGAUCACUAGCCAUAUAUAAUACAAGUUUAGAGGAUUCGGGGCAACAAUUUGAAUGUGUGGCCAACAAUGGUAUCGGAGAUAGCGAUACAGCCAUCGCUACAUUACUUGUUUUACAUAAGCCAAUUAUAGACAGAUCACCCAUUAUAUCCAAGUCGGCCACUGAUGACGGAUCAAGCGGUAGAUUAUACUGUAGAGCACAGGCAGCGCCUAAUGUGACUUUUACAUGGACUCGGGAGGGACAGAUACUGAGCACUGAUAGCAAAGCUAUAGGUGUUAUUAAAAGUGAAUCCACAAGUGAUAAACAAAGGAAAGGCUCGGAACUGAAAGAAAAAGAAGUUAAAUAUAUUAUAGAACCGACACAACAGUUAGAUUUAGUGAACUACCAGAGCGUACUAAUUAUUUUGGACGUACAGAGUCAGGAUUACGGGGCCUAUCAGUGCAUAGCACGCAAUGAUCUGGGCUUUGAUGCCAUAACCAUUCAAUUGAACCGAACUUCAAAACCCGAUCCACCACUUGCUCUUCGAAUUCUUAACAUAACCGAGUCAUCCGUACAGCUCCGGUGGAUACCUGGUUUUGACGGCGGUAUUGGCCAAGAUUUUAGGCUCAGAUACCGACCGACUUCGAGUUCCGAUCCGUCCUUUACAUACAAAGAUGUCUAUCCGGCCAACUCUACACAAAUAAUAUUGACUGGUCUUAAUGAGGACACGGAAUACAUGUUCGGUGUUCAGGCCAUCAACACUAUGGGUCACUCAGACUUUACCAUAGAUAUUGUCAAAGCCAAGACUCUUAAAGAAACUCCAGUCACUGAAACUGAGAAAAUCAUAUCAAAAAUUAUGAACGAAAGGGCGGGUGAUUUGCCUAAACUUAUACUAAUUGUAUCAGUUGUGGGCAGUUCUCUACUAUUAUUUAAUAUCGUUUUAGUUGUUUGCUUUGUACGUAAACGCAGGAGAAAGCGUUACGAAGAGGAGAGCGAUGGCACCGAAAGUAAGACAACAGGCAGUUCCAAGACAACUAUGGAGAUGUAUCAGAGCUCUAACAGCACUGCCUAUCAUAAAGAAAACAAUGAGACCUCACUUAGUGAAGAGGAUGACGAAAAUAAAAGCCAAAAUCACGACAAUUAUUCCGGACAUACGGACUAUGAAAUGGAGAUCAGUCCGUCAGGAGUGGUGACGACUCACUCGCACGGAAUCAGCACUUAUUUGAUUGACGACGCGAUAGCCCCCUCUCAACACUACCCGAACACUCGGUUCACAAGUCUCGUGAGUCCUGUAGGUCCAGACCUAACUACGAGCACAUAUUUUAUAGACCAUCCAAACGAUGAGUACGCUUCUGCCUUAAGGAAGAAUGCAUACAAUCAACAGCUGGCGGUCAAUAGCACCGGCAGUCUAUCGCCGUCACCUCUGCCACCACUACAGCCGUUGUCUAUUAGUCUGUCCAACAGUCAGUCACCAAUCAAUUCUGUCAAUUAUAUGGGCACUCGUAUUGGCGACCAUUUAUCACAAUCUCAUUCACCAAAUUCACAUUAUCAGCCAUCACUAUCAUUAUCGCCACAUCAUCAACAAUCACAACAACUAAUGCAUCAAACGGUGCCACCACUGCCACCGCUCAGGAGUAUCGGUGCCGUUGCGCCUAAUAUGACAUCAUUUAUGCCGACUAUCAAUGAAGAGCCGCGCCUUUCAUACGCACCGAUGGGUCACUUAGUAUAGCAUUGAAAAUAUAUUUGUUUUUGAAAGAAAAUAAUUUUUAAAGUUUUGUGUAAAAUAUGACUAAAAAAAGUAAAUGCGAGAAAA